AUGUCUCUGCACUUACACCCACCAGAUGAUUUCCUUACUUUUCCCUAUGAACUACCGUACGAUAUUCAGACAAGUCUGAUGCAACACAUUUACUCCUCCAUCGAAGACCACCAGGUUUCCAUUAUAGAGAGCCCGACGGGAACUGGCAAAACGUUAAGCUUGCUUUGCUCAAGCCUCACCUGGCUUUCGGAUAAUUUGAUGCGCUCGCACAAAGCUAUUAUGGCUUCUUUAGAUCAUGGCGACUGGGUCACUAUUCAGGAUCAUAACAGACGUCAACGUGAUCAGGAAAGGAUAGAAAAGGAAUACCAGAGGCGUCUCGCUGAAUUACGGAAAAAUGAACUCAUACUUAGGAAAGCGUCGUCUGGAAGAGUGCAUAAGAGGCGGGUACGCAGACAUCUUUCGCCUGCGGAUAUGGACAGCUCAAAAGACGAGUCCUUCCUACCGGAUAACGUUGACACCUCCGAUGUCAAUGAUAAUAUCAGUCCGGCCGUUCGUGCCCUCAUGAAAAAGGUUUCCCAGAACAAUGAGGAGGAGCCCAAUCCUGUGCCCAUACCUACAAAAAUAUAUUAUGCUUCCCGAACACAUUCUCAGCUUUCUCAAGUUUUAUCCGAGCUUCGAAAACUGAAACACUCCGCAAUUUUCACUUGCCUUGAAAUAGAUAACCUCGACGAAACAGAAACAGAUACGACCAGCAUCACGAAGACAACUGCUCUUGGCUCGCGCAAGCACCUAUGCAUCAACGAGGAAGUGAAACGGCUUAGGGACAUUGACGAAGCCUGCCGGGAGAUGCAGUCUGGUAAGACCAGCAAACGAUGCCCCCACCUCCCAUCUGGCGACGAUCGCACAAGGCUGAUGGAACUCAGAGAUCAUAUCCUGGCAUCUCCCAAAGAUAUUGAAGAAUUGGUGGAGAUCGGGCAGUCGCUAGGCACGUGCCCUUAUUUCGGGUCCAGGGAGGCAAUCCCACAGGCAGAGCUCGUACUACUGCCGUACAACCUCCUGCUCGAUAAGACAGCGCGAGAAGCGCUGAAGAUUGAUCUAACUGACCAGAUUGUUAUUAUUGACGAGGCUCACAAUCUUAUAUCGACGCUCCUUUCCCUGGCGACUAUAUCGCUCUCCUUCCGUCUAUUAUCCACUUGUUCAGAGCAACUUCGGAUAUAUUUCACGAAAUUCCGGACUCGCCUCACGUCGCACCACGCUCUACAUCUCAAACGAUUGAUGAUUCUACUGGAUGCUUUACGAUCCCUACUGUCAUCUAGCUCGACUCAGAAAGAUACGACGCAAGUCCUGACUGUUGGUGAAUUUACUCGUAGUCUAGGCCGCAAGGUGGAGGGCGUGAACUUCGCUGAGGUGGAAACUUAUUUACGUUCCAGCAAGAUAGCAAGAAAAAUAAGUGGCUACGCGGAUCAGGUGUCUCAGGAUACCACGACGGCAGGUCUGCCCCACGCGAGGGGAGGCGCUCUUCCUCCCCUGUAUGCAGUAGAAUCGUUCCUAAUGGCCUUAAAUAACCCAAGCGAGGAUGGUCGAGUCACUAUAUCAGGAUCCAAAGUAGAGGAGUCCGAGAUCAAGUACCAACACCUCAACCCGUCGACCCACUUCAUCGAGGUUAUCGACUCUGCUCGUUCGGUCAUUCUCGCCGGUGGUACAAUGUCACCGAUGUCAGAUUUCACCCAUCAGCUGUUCUCCCACAUACCUUCGGAGCGGAUAUCCACGUUCUCCUGCGGCCACGUUAUACCGUCUACGAAUUUACAGACACUUAUACUAAAGAAAGGACCAGCGGGCGGAGAUCUGCUUUUCAAGUAUGACCAGCGAAGCAACACGGCUUUGGUUGCCGAGUUGGGUCAAAUCAUCUCCAACUUCACAAACGUCAUAUCAGGCGGCAUGGUGAUUUUCUUUCCUUCGUACAGCUUCCUUGACAAAGUCAAGGUAGCUUGGACAGAAAGCAAGCUCCUUGAUAAGAUAGCCGCGAAGAAGAAAAUAUUCUAUGAGCCCCGCGAUAACGGAGAUGUCGAUGCAGUCCUGCAGGAGUAUACAAGACAUACUGACGACUUGGUAAAGGUGACUGCGGCGAAUGGUAGGAAGCCCGGCGCAUUAAUGUUCGCAGUCGUCGGGGCAAAGCUCUCGGAAGGUCUCAAUUUUUCGGACGAUCUGGCACGAGCCGUGCUUGUGGUUGGCUUGCCCUUUGCGAACUUAAAUUCCCCGGAGUUGAAAGAACGUUUGAAAUACGUGAAGGCCCUGCAGAGCAAGGGGGUUAUCAAAUCGGAUGAUUCUAGCGGUGCCAGAGAUGCCGGAAUGGAGCUAUAUGAGAACAUGUGCAUGAAUGCCGUGAAUCAAAGCAUCGGACGAGCUAUCCGGCACCGUGGCGACUGGGCCUCCUUAAUCCUGGUCGAUUGUCGCUAUGCGUCCCCUCGGAUACGCAAGAAACUCCCCAAGUGGAUCGGCGAUACCACGCUGAGCUGUGAGACGUUCGGACAGGCAAUGAAGGAACUGGGGGCAUUCUUUCGUCAGAAGCGGGGUUGA